AUGCGCUCCGCCAUACCACCUUACUACACCCGGCUCAGCAUCGUCGUCAUCCUCAUCAUUAUCAACAUCAUAGGCAUACUCUUCACCACACUAGUAGCUUACUUCGCCUGGCUCAUCAUCGUCGCCUUCUGCUACCGGACCCCCAGCACCACCAUAUGGGAGGAGCAACAUCAAGAUGCUCAGUGCCCAGGACCCCGUUCGCCCUCCACGGCCUCUGCACAGGACACCGACUCCAAUGUCCAGCCAAAGCCCCAGCCCCCACCGACGCAGCCACCGACGCAGCAGCGUAGGCCUUGGGAGCAGUGCAGGCGAGCCCUCGUCAAGCUCAAGAGAGCUCUCGCCAGGCUCAAGGAACGCGUCCAGAACCGCGUCACCAACAUGUGGCUCAUAUGCAUAAUAUCUCGUCUGCCUAAUUGA